UUCAGUUUUUUGAACCACCAAAAUCUUGAAGUAAAGAUAUUGAAAAAGAUAAUAAAAAUAUUACAAAAUGCAUUAUUAUAAAUACUUUUUGUUCACAUGUUCGAAAUUUAAAAACAAUAAUGUUAAUUAAGAUAUUUAGUGUCAUUAUUGUUGUCGCUGGGUCUAUUGUUGCUCAAGAUGAAAAAACCAAGCCAACUACAACUACUACUACAAUAAUUUAUACAAAACCAAGGCCACCAACAACUCCUGAUCCUACAAACUCAACACCUAAAUUUCCAACUGAUACACCACUUCCACCAAUAGUAGUAUCACCAACUCAACCACUUAGACCACCCUGUUGUAGUUCGCUAAAUGAAAUUUAUCUGCCUCCACGAAUUGCACCUUAUUGUCAGGUUUAUUGCGAGGAUAUUGGAAAGGAAUGUCACAUGAGAUUUGAUAUCCCAGAGCCAUUUGGAUGUUAUUGUAAACCAGGUUAUUGUAGAAAUAAGAAAGGCAAAUGUGUAAUGUUUUAUGAUGCAUUUUUCAAGUACACCUUCCCAAAUACAACAACAACUUUGGAACCAACCCCGACACCAUGGACAAAUUUUACAACUCUAUCAACAUUGCCACCACCACCUCAAACACUUGUCCCGAUCUGUUGCAGUGGUCCAAAUGAAGUUUACCUCCCGCCACGAAUAGCUCCAUAUUGUCAGGUUUAUUGCAAGGAUAUUGGAAAGCGCUGUCGCAUGCGAACUGAUAUCCCGCAACCAUUUGGAUGUUAUUGUAAACCAGGAUUUUGUAGGAAUGAGAAAACUCAAAUGUGCGUUCCAUAUUCUGUUGCUUUUAAAAAGUGUGAUUAUCACGAGUUUUAA